AUGGCACCCAAUAACACCUUGCACACCCCGUUUGGCACGGUUGGGUUGUGGAUGACCCCAUUGACAGAGGGAUGUGAUCCGAAAUCAAGGGUCAUUGGCAACUCUAGAGGUGUAUAUGUGUCCGCAGUGGCAAGUUCAAUGGCAGCUCCAUCUGUGCUUUUGAGGAACCCGGUAAGGGACGUUGAUCGGGAGUUCACUGUGGUUAGUGGCCGGGGGAAGUUUAGGAUGGCCAGAGGGUUUUGCAAGCUUAAGUGCAUUUUCUUCAAUGAGACUAAUGGUUCUAUUGUAGAGUACACUGUGGUAGUGAAGUGA